CAAAACCAAAUGAUGCUGUAUUUAGCGAACCAUAGGAUAGUGGCGUGUGUACCAAAAGCGACAACGCGAGGAAAAUACACUGAAUUGUUUACAACAAUGGGAGAUAGGAAGAUAUAUGCCCGCCUGUUGAACUUUAUUGAUGGAGUGACAUUUGAAGAAAGCGGUAAACCGAGCUAUUUGCUCCACUCUAUUGGAGUGUUGGUUGGCAGAAUAUGCAGCACCCUAAAGGAUUUUCAAUUUGAAAAUUACAAAGAAACGACCUCCUUAUUUAUUCUUCAUAAGGCAUUGGCGUUGGAAAAUCUAACUGACAAAUAUUUAAAUGGAUGUAAUAGAGAUAUGGCAAGACAAAUUUUGGAACAAUAUGCCAAAAAAGUUCAACCAAAUCUGGAGAAGUUGCAACAUGGAUUUAUAUGCGGUGAUAUCAACAGCAGAAAUAUCAUUGUAAAACGAUCUACAAACGGAAGCUCGUCUGGUAACAUAGAGUACGUCAUUUCCGGAAUCAUCGAUUUAGGAGACGCUUGCAAAAGCGCCUACAUUUACGAAAUUUCCGUUGUAAUUGCCGAACUGAUGUCUACGUAUUUCCCGUCUAUUUACCCACUCAUUGUCGGCAAACAACUUCUAGAAGGAAUAAGAGAGCAAUUUCAGUUGACAAACCUAGAGCUGAAAUUAUUAAAGCUAUGCAUUUGUGUCAGAUUACUUCAAGUUCAUCUGCUUAUUGAACAUAUCAAAACUACCCAAGACAAUCUCCAGAAUGAUGAAUAUUUUGAAAAAUGUAGGCAUAAUUUCUUAGAUGUUUGCAAAUAUCUAUGGAUGGUUACCGAUGAAGUUUUCACAGACACUGUAGUAGGAAAUAUAUAGAUGGUAAAUAAAUUAAUACAAGUCUAUGAACGAAUGAAUUUUCUUUGAGUAUCGCACGGAUGAAACAAUAAACAAUAAAAAUGUACUGACGUUAAAACAUAAAUUACACAAUUUAAACCAAUUUUCCAUGUAAACAAUUGAUUGAAUCGCCUUAUUGUUUAAUAAACUGUUUGAUACCUUUGAAUACAAUGCAUGACGUUACGCCGGUGGUA